UAAAAGCAAACAAAAGUGCUUUGUAGGUAUUUUUGUAUUUUCCUUUGGUAUUUUAUCGGGAAAAUGUCGGGGCGUGGAAAGGGAGGCAAGGGAUUAGGAAAGGGAGGAGCCAAGAGGCAUCGGAAAGUGCUCCGGGAUAACAUUCAGGGUAUUACGAAGCCGGCGAUCAGAAGGCUGGCUCGUAGGGGUGGGGUAAAGAGAAUCAGCGGGUUGAUCUACGAGGAGACGCGCGGUGUUCUCAAGAUCUUUCUGGAAAAUGUGAUCCGGGAUGCCGUGACCUAUACGGAGCACGCUAGGCGGAAGACUGUGACGGCGAUGGAUGUUGUUUACGCUCUCAAGAGGCAGGGCAGGACUCUCUACGGUUUCGGUGGUUAGGAAUUUAUUGACUUGGUUCUGUAAUUCUCUCGCAAUUGUUUGUUGCAGGCUUUUGUUUAGUUAUUCUGUAAUCUUUAAUGAAAUGUCAUCCCAAAGUUUCAUG